AAGAGAGUCUUAUAACUAAAAUAACUAAUCUGAUACAUCUGAAUGGGAAGAUAUCCGUCUAUUAUGAGAGCAUUCCUACGAACACUAGCGAACAUGAGCGGGUGUUGAAAAUUCAAGGAAAAUUACAAUGUGUAACUGCAGUUUGUCCAGAAUACAAUUCAAGUGAAGCAUGUGAAAAAGCAGCACCUUCAAAUACAACAUGUUUCUGGUGUGAAAAAUUGAACGCAUGCAUUAAUAAUGAUGAUCAGGAUAAUCAUAAUUUGAAAGUUAAAGGAUGCCGUGUUGAGGAUGUUAACAAUGUGAGUACAACAGGACCCAUUAAUCAUACAGAAUCAACACCAGAGAUCAUUGAUGUUCAGAUAGAGAAAAACUUACAGGAAAUUUCAGAACAAUUGAACAAUAAUCGAAUUGCUCUGGAGUCAAUGAAGAAACGGAACAAUAAUCGAAUUCCACUAACGAAAUAAUCACAGAAAGUAAAUGGAAGAAAUCACUUUGGUACAUUUAUAUUACGAUUUGUUUGGUCGUCACAUUUCUUUUGUCCUAUGCGUCAGUUAUGUUAUUUGGAUGUAGUUAUGCAAAGGAAAGUGUAGUAUCUCUUUUUCAUUAUUCUGACAAAGUUCUUCGGUAAUUUGUAUUUUACUAAAUAAUUUUGGAUUUCUAUAUUCAUUUCAAUAAGUUUGAUAUAUUCUUUUAAAGAACUUUGUACACUUUCUGCUUGUUAACUUAAUAACUGAUGUAAUCUUUUUAAUAAAACACUUUGAAUGGUUUUUA